GUUUCUGUUUGUCAUCUCGGCUAAAUCAGAAUCUCACAAUCGGGUCAAGAGAAGGCCCCGACUUAUCCACGGUUUCAACCCCUGCUCGGUCGAUAUCCCUUCAUCAAAACCUGACCAAUUAGAUGGAACCCUACCAAUAGUAAACUCGUACUUCAGAUCACUAACUAUGGACUAGGGCUAAAGGGUUACGGUAAUUCCGGAAUCACCGCGUGGGUCACUAACUUCCAGGUAAUAGUGCCAUCCGCACGCCAGACCAGACCAAGUGGAUAAGUCCGGACGAUUGGGGUUUUUUCGCAGCAUGACCGACCAACGCCACGAUAGGCAUUCUCGUAUAGACCCUUAUGACUGGCGAAAAUGGCCCUCAUCUUGCCGAAUGCCUCAAUCUCCGGCGGUGGAGCGCAUUUCACCUCUUACUAAUUCGUAGGCGACUCUCUCCAGUUAGACUAGGACAUGACUCAGGGUGGGACUCGUGGCCAAGGAACAAAGGCCCCGCCCAAAAACGAGUACAGGGCUCAACCAGUGCCAUUCUGGGUUUGUAUGGAGCAAUUGUAGCACAUAAUAACGGCCAUGCUGAUCCCUUCCAAUCGUGAAGGGGUGAACCUUUUUUGUAUUGCUUUUCUUCGUUGACUGAUCGUCAGGGUACGAUCGGUGGAGAGGAUGUGAGAGAGUGACGAGAUUCAAA